AUGUCACACACCAGUCAGAACAAUGAGGGCAAUGUACUGUGGAGAGCAGUGCGACUGCCUCUUGUCAGUUCUGCACUGCAGCGGGUGAAAUCCGUCUACGUGGAUGCCAAAGGCCGCUAUCCCCUUGUGGCUUUCAUGGGAGGUGUUGCAGAGCUCAGCGUAUAUAGUGUCUCUGAGGCGGCUUCACAGCGUGCAGCCCCUCUGAUUCACAGAUUUGAACCUGAAAUUGAAGUAGCAAACAUGUAUGCCCUUAUUGGAUUGGAACAGCUGGAGAAGACUUUUCCUAUUCUCCACCAAUCAACAGAUGAGGUGAUAGGUCACCUGAAGGACUCCUUCUUUCUGACCCUUGAUGACAUACAGACCCGCGUUAAUGAGGAGCUGGAUGGAGUAGCGGACAGGUGGGACAAGCUGGUGGAGAUCACCUGGAGCAUGAUAGAGGCCAUUCAGAACUCCCAGUUUGGUCAUGCUGUGAACUCAGGCCUGGAUGAGGUCCUGAGGCGCUCAGAGGAGGCUGUUGCCAAACACCUGCCACUGCCACCCACACUGAGAGUGGAAUGGGAGAGAAUGGUUCAGAGCCUUGAGGAUGACGAUGAUGAUGAUGAGGAUGAGCCUGGAAUGUGGAUCCGUGUACGCAGCCUGUUGCUCUGUCUCUACCUGCAGCUGUACCACAGAGCAAUGAAGCUAAAACAGAGACUGGACACAGCCCUGCAGACACUGAGUCACGCUGCAGACACAGUGGGCCUCACUCGUCUGAUGCAGUGGGUGAUGUCACUGCUGCAGCUGCUGUUCGGCUUCUACGUCUCUCAGAUGCAGCGUGCCACGGAGGCACGCACCCGGAUCUUAUCUGAGCUCAGGACCCAGGCCCAAGUGCUUCUGGAUCUCCCCCCCGUGCAACAGGCUUUGGCUGUGCCCACUCAGCUACAGGGCCUGAUGACAGACCUGCUGGAGCUGGGUCAGAUCCUCGUUCAACUCUUGAUCAACACCACCCCACUCUACCACAUGCUGCAGCAGCCGUCAGAACAAGAGGUCUUGGACUACGUUACUCAGGAGGAUGUUUCUGGCACCUCAUCCCGCCGUGGUUCUGCCAACAGCCUCUUUCUCAGGGCCAUGGAUGGUCGUCCGCGUCGCCGCAAAAGCCUGUACGCCCGCUCGCGUCGCGGGUCAGCGGGAGGUAGCAUCAGCCCCGCCCCUGUUCCUGUCCCUGCCAACGGUCGCAGGGACAGUCUGAAGCAGGACGGUCAGCCGGAGAUGGACACCCUGGCUGUCCCCUCCACCAGCACCAUCCGUCGCCGCUCGUCCGCCACCGAGGUCCUCUUGGCUCCCAUCAUGCAGUUUGUCUCCCAGAGCCAGAAGGCCUUUGAGUUCCUCAGUUCUACCCCACAUGCAGAAGACCCCGUCAUCCCUGUGGUGGAGACCACUGAGCACUAA